UCAAAAAGCAAAAUCAAGCUACAAAUGUUCAUCUUAAAAAUAUUUGGAUGACACCUGUUUGACCACGUCUCGAUUGACCACUAACCACUUACAGCGCUUGAACAGUGGAAAAAUUCUAGGCGCCGGCCCCUAUGAGUGGCUAGUGGCUAGUGAUCAAUCGGGUCGUAAUCAAACGAGUGUCAUCCGAUGACGCGCACGCGAUGCGCGAUAUCCAAUGAACGUACAGCUUUUCCAAGAUGGCGCGUUCAUACGAAUUUCCUGUCGCCUGUGUUUUUCAUUGUGCAUUCAGCUUAAGUUUUCAAUAUUGGCCGUAUAUGUCGAAACAUAGUCUAAAGAUCCAUUUUAAGCAGUAUUAAUAAAAAAAUAUAAUAAAAUAUAAAAUAUCAAAUUACUAUUUAGAAUUGCCUGUUUUAUUUUUGGAUAAUAUAUUACAAAUUACAUAACGAAGUAUAUACAGAAUGUGCUGUUUGAACACAUAAAAGAAAACAGUGAUGUUAUAAUAAAAAAUACAAUAAAUAUUCAAAUUAUUCUUAAAAAUAAAUAGAUAAAAAAAAAUAUAUAUCUGUAAAAAAAAUAUUUAUAAAAUGGAUAAUAUUGAACUAUUAUUCUUCGAUACAUUUUCUCACGACAUUUCAGAGGAAUUGAAUUUGGAUUUAGUACAAUUUCCUAAACCCGUUUACAUCAGUGAAGUGAGAAUAAUUCCAUUAGGUGCCAGAGUACAGGCAGAUUUUCCAGGAGGAGUACGACUUGGAGCAACCAAUCCUUCUCAAUUUGAGAUUGAGUUUUUUGUGAAUGAUCUCAGCAAACCUGGAGCUUCCACCUUCGAAUUUUUAGGUGGUUUAGAAUACAAACAAAAUAUUCAUAUACAAUUGGAAUGUGAACGGAAACAAAUACCAACAGAUGGGUUGGUGUUAAGAGGAUGGUAUACUACCAUAACAUUGGCAGUGUAUGGUACUCUGACCAAGUCACUGAACAAUCCCCAAGAAAUCAUCAGUUCAGCAGCUGGUUCCACUGCUUGUGUCAGCUCUCUAGAGGAAAAUCCUGAAAAUGCUGUGCAAAUUUCUGAACAGCAAUCGGAAUGGUAUUAUGAGAAUCAGCAUCAAACAAAUUUAUCGGAAACAUGUGUAACAGCAACUCCACCACCACAACCAAUCCAGGUAGUGGAACCAUCCAGAACAUCUACAUCAGACACAGGAAAGACAGAAUCAAGACAAUGGGAAGAUGAGAUGUCUAAUACAAUAGAAAAGUCAUCAAAGCGACCUUUGUCUCCUCCUGCCGAAUCUCUAAUUUCUUUGAGUCCCGAAUCUAUCUCAGCCGAAGAAGAAGAAGCAGAGCAGCAAGAAGCUGGCGAACCAGAAACUGGUGAACCUUUUGAACCCAUUUUAUCAGAUGAGGAUAUAAUGACUGACGAUGUUCCAUCUAUAGUCGAAUUUGAGUGUGAAACAUUACAAAUCGAUGAAAAUUAUGCAAUGAUACCUGACUUGUUAAAUUUGGAGGAAUUAGAAAAUUUGGAAGACACUCGUGUGAACCGUGAAACUUUGUUAAAAAUCAAAGAGAUUUUACAGUCACUUUCUAAGUCGGUUUCACAUUUCCACAAUGCAUCUGGUCAGGAAAAAGAAACGUUUGUUCAUAACUGUGAGACUUUAUGCGCUAUAUUGGGGCCAUUUGACUCAAAUAUAAAUGACAUUAAUGAUUUAACUAAUAUUGUCAAUGCCGGUUUAGAUAUGGAGCUUGCUAGAGCUCAACCACAACCAGCAUAUAAGGUGCGCCAUGUGAAAGUGGGAGUUCGUUUGGCGGAAGCUCUCUGUCGAUUAUCGAAGGGCCCCGAGAUUCUGUUGAAAGUUGAAGCCCCGUACAAAUUGUUAUCCCUUUGUAUGCGUGAAAACGUGGCAUUACCAGUAAAACUUUCUGCUCUUAGAGCUCUCGAUGCUGCAUUGAUCAGCCCAGUAAUCGUAAAAGAGUUUUUGAAAAACAAUCUGUAUAAAAAUGCUUUAACGAUGUUAGAUAUGGCAAAACUAGCCAGGCUUAAAUAUGCUCUCAGUUCACUUUUCCGCAAAGUUCACGUAUAUGAAUAUUUGGAAGAAGUAAAAGAUUUUGACAAAUUUGGUUUGACAGAGCUGAUGAAUGCCUAUGUAUAUGCUCCAACGUUAAUGGCUCAACCUAAACGGCAGUUACCGGCUGGGGCCCAAAUGGAAUUUGAACGAGAGCAUACUCGUAAUCCUCGCACUCAUCUAGUAGCUUAUUUUAAACAUCAUAAACUAACCCAUAAUUUUUUACUGACAUUAUCUUCUCCAAAUUGCAAUUUACAAAUGAUCAAGUUAAUCCGUCGUUUCCUUCUACAUCUCUCAAACACUAAGGAAGGUUUACUUUAUUUAUUGAAGGACGUUGAAGUAAUUCGAUUAAUAUUGAAAGCUCUAAAAUAUGAGCUACCAGGCGCUGGACGUAUUCUAGCAUGGCGUCUCCAAAUCGCACAGCAUUUAAUUCGUCUGAAACAAACUUCCGAUUGGACAACUUUGAAGAAAUUGCACUCCUUUCUUAUUUUUCCAGACGGUUUGCGCGCCAUUCUUACAGUUUUACCCUUAGCAGAUUUCAUAGAUAUUCUGAUCCCUUUCUUAUCGGAUUCUAAUCUGUGCGAAUUUGCUGCCGAAAUAAUUUCAGCAGUUGUUCGUUAUUCCGACAGAGUAGAUGUUUUUCAAAAUCGUGCAGAACUGAUAUUAGAUAAAGCUCGCGAACAUGCCAUCCUUAAGGACGUGAUGUCAUAUUUGACAAUCGCAGCUCAACCUUCUCAUUGGGAUUAUUGCGAAGUUUCUUCUUUAGUAACAAUUAUCAGAAAAAAUGCUGAAAAAGCUGCAUCGCUUCCUGGCCAACUAAUAACUUCCUGUAGAAUUUUGCAUUAUCUUAUUUUUCCCUCAAAUGACGACAUUGACCCUUUAGAACCAUACAUUGAACUUAAAUACAGAAACGCCCUGACCCAACUCUUCGCCACUGAUGGUCUCACUGCUUUGAUUGCCGUAAUGGCAAACGUAUCUGAGUUUUACGAACAACCGUUUCUUCAUCGAUCUGCCCUCACUGGUCGCAGAGGUAUGGCAUUAAUUGCCUUGUUACUUCCUUGCGUGAAACUGAUCAGGGCAUUGCUUGAAAGACUUGUCAAGUGUAUGGCGACAGAUUUUAAGGAUCUUACUGCCGUCGUUCCAUUGCUUGGAGUCUAUUCCUUGAUCGAAGCUAUCCCAUCUAAUUCAAUGGUACAAACUCUGUCCGAAGAAAUCGUUGGAACGCUUCUCGUCUUCACUCAAGCUGUUGAUUCUGAUGGUUCUGGCAAUGUAGCCAAGUCGCUAUGGACUCAAAUGUUGGGCGAAGUUUUGAAAAUGAUCUCUUUUCGUCCCUGUAAUUUUGUACCAGGUCUAAAGUUACUAACUCGCUUGUUACCACCUGUCUUAACACCAAAAGAAACUAUCAACGAAGAUGCGACAAGGAUUCUGGGUCUAAGAAAGCUCUGGUCAGCACAUCUUCAAGCUCAAGCUGCGAAUCUUACUGAAACUCUUCGACUACUCUGCUCAAGUUGGAAUGGAGAGGUUUUAUUCCUUUUAUCGACAGUUUGUAAACAAUUAAGCGACUUGGCAGCACCGACGGCUCUUUUGGUUGGUAGAUGUCUUUUAGAUGGUAUCCUAACCACUCCUCUAGAAAAUAACGUUCCUAUUCUCGCUCUAAUUAAUGAUUUAGCCAGGCAUGCACCUAUGAAGGCUACUUUGUUGACACUGACUAGUCCUGCUUCUAGAGCACAAGUAAAAUCCGAUCAAAAAUAUCCACCGGUCAUUGAGAUGAUGUGCUCUACUUUGAAAAAUAGCAAUGAUGUUAGUAUACAAUACGAAAUCCUUGGUAUCUUUGAAACUCUAUGCAACCAUAGUCUCAGUCUAGUACAAGAAGAUAAUGAAUCUUUUGAGAAGAAACUGACGCAUUCUGUACCUAGCAAGGAACCUCUUUUAUCUAUUCUCGCGGCUCUAAUUGAUAUCUUAGCGAUUAGCACAAAAUUCCAAUUGGACGUGAUAGAAAAUACGUUGCACAUCCUCUUGUCUCUCAGCAAUCACAAUUAUGGUUUGUAUCAUGUAAAAAGUUGUCUGGAGAAUAAUCCUAGUGCCUUGCGUACACUAUUGGAUCAUGUGUCCAGUUUGGAAGAGUCCGAAACAAAUCCUAUUGUAGAUUUAACUGUAACCUUCUUGGAGAAUUUGAUUUCUUCGGACUUAGAAGCGAGAACUUUACAUUUGCGUGCGCAGCAGUUAGCAUAUUUGAUCUCUUGGGAAAAGAAUAACCAUCCUUUAGAAAAACUUAAACGUGCAGAAGAGCUGACAGAAAUGUUGAGAGUCGCUGAAGAAAGAGAAGAAAAAGAACCUAUUCCGGAGAUGUUGGAGCCUCUAUUGCCUACUCCAGAGGCACUAUUGAAUCAGUUCUCUCAGAGAUGUCUUUGUACAAUUAAUAAUAGUCCAGCCCGGAUUAAAAAAUUUUCAUUCUCAACUAAUCAGACACAAACUGAGGAUACCGUUGACUUGUUGGCAUUGGCUACUGAGUUACUACCCGCUGAUUUUAAUUUGUUAGUUGAGGCACAAAACUUAUGUUCUAAAGUACCUCCUGAUGAUGCUACUCAAACUCUACAAUCAAAACCCCAAGAUGAAGAACAAGAAAAUAGGACGGAAAAACAGACUUCUCCAACGGUUAAAUCGAAACAGCCGUUUGUAACACCGGUACGCGGUCGGACACAAUUUGCUAAUUCGCUACGAGGUGGACCAGUAGGUGGAGGAGUGGGUAGAGGAUCCGAUCCCUUCCGCUCGAGGCCGCCAAAUACUUCAAGACCACCAUCUCUUCAUGUCGACGAGUUCGUGGCUUUGGAAACCUGUGGGGCUCAACCAACCGGUCCUACUGGAUAUAAUAAACUUAAUAUUCGUGGAACAUGCCCACCGCGUGCUAUUAGUGGUAGUACUAGAAGUCGACCUUGGACACAAGAAAUUCGUCCUACAUAUCUUCGUUAAUUUAUUACUGUUUCCUUUCUCUCUUUCAUAUGUAUAUUUAUAAAAUAUUAAUUAUA